GGGCAUUGCCCCCGCCCUGUCAAUCAAGUUCCAUAAAAGUCACAGGCAAAAGGCCGCAUCAGCAUCAUGCAAGGAGGAAAUUCUGGAAAAUUUGGUUGCCUCACAAAACCCUUUCACGUCACUUCCCGAGAUGACAGAUAUACCCUUUGCGAGCACUUCUGUAAAAGAACACAAGUUGGCCCAGGCGCAACAUGAAGAGCCGCGAGCCGGAGCGCCGACGCUGACCCCAGGGACCAGCGUGGCGAAAGGGACCAGAGUGACGCUUGGCGCUGCCUGGAGGAGAAUGAUUGACGGACGCCCGCUUUGGACGGCAACACCGACAACAUUGCUUGCCCUCCUGCUGCUCCUGCUCUCCACCAAUCAGGCGUCCUCGGGCAGAAGUCGCCAGUGCUCCGACUCCCUCCAACGGAUUCUGAAGGUGACCAGACUGGCGCAGAAGGAAUCCGCCGACCUCAUCAAAACCUACAAAGCCUCCCAAGGGGACAUGUCGGACAUCUUCUGCCAGGCGUCCCUCCAGGACAUCCCCGAGCCCUCCAUCUCCGGCCUGGAGCAUUCCGAGCGGCUGGAGAGCCUCCUGGAGCAUCUGCGGGCUUUCCUGCCGCACCUGAAACGCGUCUACGAGCAGCAAGCGGACCUCCAGGCUCCCGGUAGUCCGGUUCUGGUCCAGCUGGGCCACGUGGGCCAACGCGGCCAGGACUUGGGAGCCCUGGUGAGGACCUUCUACCGGAACACCUUCCCCAACCUGCAGGAGCCGGCCGAGGGGCCCGUGGUCCUGGAGCUGCCGGCCCAGAACGUGUUCCAGCAGAAGGUCUACGGCUGCGUGGUGGUCAAGACCUACAAGGAGUUCCUGGGCAACGCGGCUCGGGAGCUCAGGAGCCUCAGGGGCAAAGUGUGCAGAGGCCGGAGGGCAUUCAAGUGACACCGGAAAGACCUCAGAGGACAUCAGGCCUAUUUAUGAUAUUUAUAUUUAAUAUUUAUGACGCCAACGCUGGGAAAUUGUUGCACUGGGACGUGGAAAUGGACUCGGAUUGUAGCGCGGAUGUUCAAACGUGGCCCAGCAGCUCAAUAAAAAGAAGAAAAAACAAAUCGACAUUUUAAGACGGUGAGGAAGAAUCUUUUUUGUGCUGGAGGCGUCAUGCGUUGCACCCGACGGUGCCCAAAAAGAAAAUCAGGAAGCGUCCAGAGACGUCUGACUCUGUGACGUCACAACGUCUGGUCGCCGCCGCCGCUUCUCGCCGUUAUUUUGGAGCAAUCAGGCGACGAUUCCUCAUGCUUGGCCAUCCCCGAUGUAGGUCAUCCAUUGUUGGCAUGACGUAAGAGAAGGGGCAGGCCCUUUCAGAUCACAAGCUGUCUGGAAACUGGAAGUAGUCGGCUGAAUCAAGUUCCCUUUAAUAACAACUGGCUGUUAUUUCAAGAAGCGCAAGCUCAGUUUCGGGUUCUCAGAGCGGAAAAGGCAACUUGGUGAUUGAUGAUCAACAGGAAAAGUAUGUCGAGAGGCAACGUUUUGAUUUGACUGAAGUGCCACCACAUGCAUUUCGUGUUUAAUCCAGCAGAGAGCAGCAGACGACAAGUCCUCAUGGCCACUUCCCAAUCGAGUGACGAAAAGCCCAUUUUGGCGUGCUUCCUUGCAACUCAAUUCCUUUGUCCUUUUUCCUUGUUUCCUUACCUCCAUCCUUCCUCCCUCCCUGAAAUAAUUUCGACCUACUUUGGGCCCAGCCGAUGAAACAAUCUGCACAAUAAUUAUGUGAAUCGUUUCAUGACACACAACACAAGUGUAUUCGACUGUGGAAAAAUAUUGAUUCCAUACAGUCGCCACAAUAUUAGGGACGUCUGUGUGAUCUUAGUCAUAUUCUUAUCAUUGCACUUUAUAUUUAAGAGUCAAUAAAACCCAUAAUGGACAAUCAAUCUUUUUUUUUUUUUAUACAGCUCGUCUUGGAUCUCAUUAGCGGCGUAGCAAAUGUUGUGGCCGCUGAUUGUUGGUUGAAGACAAGCGUGUACUCCCGAAGAGACGAAUGAAUGCGUCACUGCUUCUUCGAUUGUUGUAAAA